UUAAUUUAGUUUUUAACCAGUCUGAAUUUAAUUUUCAUUUCCAGACACUGUUUGUGGCGCAAUUAACAAUAAUAAUAAAUAAAUAAUCCGACUAAUUUAAUUAUUGUUAAUUUCAGUAUUGACAUGGCCGCCAACUACUUACGUAAAAAUCACCAAUUAUAACUAAAUUAAUCAUUAAUUAUCUUUUUUCUAAGUUUAAAUUCAAUUUUUUGACUACGUUUUUCCGUAAAUAAGCAAAAUAAUAAAAAAAGAUUAAUUAAUUAUUGUCAAUUCUGUGUUAAAUGACACUUAGUGUUGCCCCUAACCUCACUUAGUGUCAUUGCAGCGUGUUUACAAAUAAUGUUGUCCACUUAUUUAAACUCUUUGCCAUACCCCAAAUUCGUGUUGAUUGAAGAUUCGGUGUCAGCAAAAGGGGGCGAAGUCCUAGAACACCAGCUCAGAAAUCACGCGAAAAGUGAUUACAAGACUCAUUUACUUGUUUUUGAAAGUAAUUUUAAUAAGUUGAGGGAUAGACACAGUUCUUGCACUUGUCAUGAUUUUACAAGUGAUUUGCGAAAUUGGUUUGGUAAAAGUAACGAUUUGAGGAGUGUUUUAAAUUUGAGUGAGAAUUGUGUGGUUUUUGUUGACUCCCUGAGUCAUGUUUUGUACCAUUAUGGGGUGUCUGAAACGUAUAAAUUAUUCACAGAAUUGAAAAAUCGAAAAAAUGUGCUACAAAUUGUCACAAUAUUACACACAGACUUAUUGGAAAAUAAAGACACAAUUAAAUAUUUUCGACAUUUAGCGACUUUGUGUAUAGAAUUGGAUAAAAAACGAUUAUCCUAUUUGUAUAAAAAGAGUCAAAGAAAAGUUAUAAACCAACUCGAGAAUUAUCAUUUCGAAGAUAAGAAAUUUGUGACUGAAACAAUCAAAAAACCAGACACGGAAAUAAUCAGUGAAACUUUAAAUCAGCCUCAGAAUUUAACCACUUUCAAGAUAAGUCUCACUGAGAAAGAGAAAGAAUCAAGGGAUGGUUUAGUUUUACCCUAUUUACCCAAGGAAAAUGACAGUUCAGGGGGGAAAAUUCACUAUUUAUUGGACGAGAUUGAUGAUUGGGAUGAAGAGGACCCCGACGAUGAUCUUGACAUUUAGUUAAAAUUGUUAUUGUUUUUCAAUAAAAUGUUGAUCCACGA